AUGGAUAUUCACAGAUGUCGAUUUGUGUCCUAUAAUCCUCAGGCGAUUAAUGCCCUCGCUUUUUCACACCCAGCCUCUGCGAGUAUUUCCGGCCGAGGUGUGCCUAACCUCCGCCUAGCGAUCGGUCGAGCGAAUGGCGAUAUCGAAAUAUGGAAUCCCCUGCGCGGCGCAUGGUUCCAGGAGUCUGUAUUGCGCGGUGGAAAGGAUAGAAGCAUUGAAGGGCUGACUUGGACCAUUGAUCCGUGUGAGGAUGACCCUAACAGCUCCCUCAAGGUGGCUGGUAAGCUGCGACUGUUCAGUAUUGGCUACUCCACCGUUGUAACAGAGUGGGAUGUCGCACAGGGACGUCCGCUGCGACACUCUAGCGGAAACUAUGGAGAGAUUUGGUGUCUAGCUGCUCAGCCACGCUGGGUAUCUACCAAGAAUGGCAAGGACGGAAAACUCUUGCCUGCCGCCGAGGGCGAGGAUACGUCCCAGCACCUCGCAGCUGGUUGUGCCGACGGUUCAAUCGUGAUAUUGUCUACUGCAGAUGAUGAUUUGAAAUUCGUCCGCCUGAUGCGCCCUUCUACGAAGAGAGCCCGGGUUCUCAGUGUCACCUUCCAGAACCGUAACACCAUUGUCGCCGGUUACGCUGACAGCUCUAUCCGUCUAUUCGACAUUCGAAAUGGCAAAAUGUUGAGGACUAUCUCACUUGGAAAGGGGGUUUCUGGUGGUCCGAAGGAGUUGCUUGUUUGGUCAGUCAAAUGUCUGCCGGACGGAACUAUCGUGUCUGGAGACUCAGCAGGUGAAAUCAAAUUUUGGGAUGCCAAGAACUAUUCCCUCACCCAACGGAUACACGGUCAUCUAGCAGAUGUGCUUGAUGUGGCCGUGAGUGCGGAUGGAGAAACUGUGAUCAGUGGAGGAGCAGAUCAAAGAACUGUUGUCUAUCGCAAGAAGGGAGGAGAGAAAGGUCAAAAGAAAGCUCGCUGGGCUGAGCUCAUGCACCGACGAUAUCACUCUCAUGACGUGAAGACAUUGGCUGUCUACGAGACCAGGGACAUCAGUUUUGUUGUUUCUGGAGGCCCUGAUGCCACCCCUGUCGUCCUCCCUCUGCGCGAGUUCGGAAAAGAACAUCACCGAAAAUUGUCUAGUCUACCGCAAACUCCCCAAAUGACCUCAUCAUCUGCGUCUCGAUUGGUCAUGAGUUUCUGGGAUAGAGAGGUUAGUAUAUGGCGGGUGGCUCCUGGCCCGACUUCUACGCAAGAUAAUAUCGACGGCCAGAGACACAGACUCGUUGCUAAGGUCCUGGUUCAGGGUGAAGAAAAUAUCACCUCAGCUAUGCUAUCUUCGGAUGGCAAGAUCCUUGUCGUUGCGACAGUAUCUGAUAUCAAGAUGUUUACCGUUCGUCGACGAAAGGGUGAUGAGAAGGGUGCUCUGCGGGUCCAGAAGAUCGAUAUCCCCAAGGCACUAUCAAGUGAAGGUGCACGCCUUGUGGCUAUCUCUCCCGAUGGCAGGUGGCUCUGCAUCAUUCGACCCAACAGUGAUGUCUACGUAGCAAGAAUUGACUCAGAGACCGACAAGCCUCAGGUAUUACCGCACCUAGCCAAACUGACUCGUACCACACGGCGUGAGCGCCACGAAUCACACGUUCACGGUACUUUGGGCGGCUACCAGCGGACAAUCCGUUCUGUGGUCUUCUCCGAAGAUAGCAAAAUUCUGGCCACUGGUGAUCUGUCUGGUUCCGUGGAUACCUGGACUCUUCGCACAGACACUGCAUCUAUUCAAAACGGCCACACCAAGUUGAAGGAUCAAGUAUCUGGAUCUGAUGACGAAUCCGACAGCGAUGAUGAGGACGUCGCGAUUGAGGGCGAGCGAUGGAAUCUAGCUGUCACUGAAUCUUCGGUACCUCAAUUACAGUCUGGAAUCAUCCUGAUGUCUUUCCGGCCUCAAGGAUCCUCUAAGUUAUUGACUAAUGGCGACUCUUCAACUGGAGAAGGCCGACUUAUGAUUCUCACUAGCGAACAUAAUCUUGUUGAGAUUGAUGUUCGCAGUGGGAAGCUGUCGGAGUGGACCAAGCACAACCCCAAGGCGUUCCUCCCUGCUGAUUUCCUCAGUGUGAAAGACCGUGCCAUGGGCUGCUUGUGGGACACCUUUGAGGGCCGCGAACGCCUCUGGCUGUAUGGAACUUCUUGGUUGUGGAUGUUUGAUCUCAAGCAAAACUUCCCACCGCCGGAAGAUUCCAAAUCUGGAAAGGCAGCAAAACGCAAGCGUGAAGCCCACGAUGACGAAGAUAACGACCACAAGAAGCCGAACACCGGUGCUGGUGAUCGUGUUCCUCGGUCAAAGAUGGACAUCCACCUUGGAAGCAAGGUCCGCAAGAUUGAUGGAGCCGAUGCGUCGCAAGGAGAGUGGAUCUCGCUUAAGCAAGAACGUCCGCACGUUCCAGGCGAGGAUGACGAAGCUUACGAGUACGACGAGGCAUUUGCGGCCGCAAAUGAGAUCGCCCUAGCUCGUAUUCGACGAGGAGAACCAACUCCCGAAGAGAAGCAGACGGGUACCCCGAAGAAUCAAUUGGCCAAAUCCAAGCCCGCACGGAGAUGGUGGUCCACUUACAAAUACCGUGAUAUUCUUGGGAUCGUUCCCCUUAUCAACGAGACAAACGAUGGCCUGGAAGUUGCAGUAGUCGAGCGGCCCAUGUGGGAUGUCGAGCUGCCUGGUCGGUAUGUGAAGGACUACGAGUGA